CCACAGCAACUCAGCUUUACAACUGCGGAAACAAAAAAAAUAAAAUGACCUUAUCAAGAAAAACCAAACAGCCUUAACCAAGAAAAGCACCAUUACUCUAACCUCUCUUGAACCUAUAUAAACCCUAAGCUCUUAAGCUUUAACAAGAAAAAAAACAUAAGCUCUUAAUCAAGUCAUUUCACACCCAAGAAAAAAUGGUGGAACAUCAGAUGAAACCGGUGGCCUCUUUUCUUUUAGUCCUGAACUUUUGUAUGUAUGCCAUUGUUCUUGGAAUUGGCGCAUGGUCCAUGAACAAAGCUAUCAACCAUGGUUUCCUUAUUGGUGCGGAUUAUAGUCUUCCGGCUCAUUUCUCGCCGAUACAUUUUCCAAUGGGUAAUGCGGCCACCGGAUUCUUCAUUAUGUUUGCUUUAAUUGCUGGAGUUGCUGGAGCUGCCUCGGUUAUCUCCGGCAUCAGUCAUCUCCAAUCAUGGACAACGACUAGUCUCCCGGCAGCUGUCUCUGCCGCCACUAUUGCUUGGUCGCUAACACUUUUAGCCAUGGGAUUUGGUUGCAAGGAAAUUGAACUUGGGAUGAGAAAUGCUCGUCUGAGGACAAUGGAGGCAUUUCUAAUUAUACUUUCGGCAACACAACUUCUCUACAUUGCUGCUAUAUACGGCGUUCGAAAAUAAUUCUAAGAAAUCAUACUGUUUUCUUUUCUUCUUUUUCUUUGUUUUGUAAUUUAAAUUCUUAUCCGAUUUGUUUAUUAAGAUGUAAUUGUGUGGUUUGGAUUAUUUGAUUGGAUUUCUACUAGAACCCUUUAUCAUUUAUAUUUUGUGUC